UUUAAUAAUUUAAUAAUAAUUAAUAAUCUGAGUAAUCAUAUUUCUACACUCAAUGUAGUUUCGAGUAUUCGAUUAUUUUGUUUCAUUUAUUACUGUUAAAUUUUUAGAGAAAGGAUUUGAAUUGUUUUUGUACUAUCCCGCGCCAACACGGUUUGCAUAUUCAGUCAGUGACGAACAGACUUGUCCGAGUGACUGAUUUGGUCCAUGGCGCUGGCUGCCUAGUGCCUGUUGUAGUUUUGCCCACAUUAAAGAAAACAUGGCCACGUAAAUAUGACCGAAAUUACUAUACCUAAAUACGGGCUGGUGCAAGACAUCAAGCCACAUUAUGUGUACACGAUCAAGGUGUUGUCAGCCGGCUACCAGGAGUGUGUGGAAAAACGGUAUAGCGCUUUUCACGCCUUCCAUAGAGAGCUGAGAAAAUCUAUAUCCACACCGCCAUUUCCAUCAAAACGCAUACGAUGCUCACAGCCAAAAGUCCUCGAACAAAGGAGGGCUGGUUUGGAGAGGUAUUUACAAACAGUUUUCAAAAUCGAAGGUGGAUAUAAACAGGUCAUGGAAUUCCUCGGGCUAAAGUAUCAGCCAAGCCAUAAAAUAGAUGUCAAGUAUCAACGUCCAGUGUUUCACAUGAUAAGUGAACACAUUCCAUCUAAAAAUAAACAUGAAAAACGUUUAUGUUUACCAGACAUAAUUACAGAUGGUGUUCUUAAAGCUUUGUAUGGUUAGUAUUUAGCUCUUGAGAAAUAGUGAUGUAUUAUUUAGGACAUUUAGGUAUAUCUUUUGUACCUAUAUUUUUUUAUUAUUUAUACAGAUAAACAUUUAAAAUCAAACUUAGUUUUAGUAUUUUUGUUAUA